AUGUCGGAUUUUUCAAAUCUUCUUACUACAUCAAUCAAGGAUUCUAUCUCAGCCUGGUUGAAAGAAGAUGUUCCUUCAUUUGAUUAUGGAGGCUUUGUUGUUGGUAAAACUCCAGAAUUGGCAAUUUUAUAUGGAAAAUCUUCUGGUGUGCUUGCCGGUGUUCCAUUUUUCGAAGAAGUUUUUCGUCAGGUGGAUUGCAAUGUCGAAUGGUUAUUAAAUGAAGGAGAAUACUUUGAACCAAUAAAAGAAAUUGCAAGGGUUAAAGGUAAAGCUUGUAAUAUUCUUUUAGGUGAAAGAACUGCUUUGAAUAUCAUUGCACGUUGUAGUGGAAUAGCCACAAGAUGUAAGAAAUGUAUUGAUAAAAAGAAAGCUCAUAAUUAUCAUGGUAUAAUUUCCGGAACUCGUAAAACGACUCCAGAAAAGUACGGAAUGCUCAUAGGAGGAGCGGAUACUCAUCGAAUGGAUCUUUCAUCUAUGAUCAUGUUAAAAGAUAAUCAUAUCUGGAGUCAAGGAUCUAUUACAGAUUCUAUUAAAAAGGCAAGACGAGUUGGAGGAUUUUCAUUAAAAUUGGAAAUCGAAUGUCGUAACGAAUCAGAGGCAGAAGAAGCUAUCCAAGCUGGAGCAAAUAUAAUAAUGCUUGAUAAUUUAAGAGGAGAGAGUUUAAAAUCAUGUGCAAAGUCAUUAAAAGAGAGAUGGCAAGGGAAAAGAGAAUUUUUGAUUGAAGCUAGUGGAGGAAUUACUGAAGAGAAUAUAAAUGAAUACUUUUCCCCAUGUAAGAAUUGA